AAAAGCAAAAUAGAUAUAGAUAUGCGUAGAUUUGUGAUUAGAUUUCGGAGUUUAUUCGGAAACAUGUUUAUAUUACCAAUAUUAUAACUAUUGUGAUUAUCUUAUUUAAUAAUGCAAGUGGAAAUUGCUUUUUUAACAACCGUAUUUAUUUCAGCAAGCGCCCAAAGCAUCAAGCAAUCGGUUUUGGAAGGCAAUGAUUUGUUUGUAUUUUGUGAUGGCGAGAGGUCACCUGGCGGGUCAGUAUACUGGGAGAACUCAAACUUGCAAUAUCAUUACGAUGGGCCAAUUUUAAAUAUCACUAAGAUAACCCGGGAUAAGUCCCAGUACUACGAGUGCUUUGAUAUUGACCAUUCUAAAAAUAGCACGAAACAGAUAUUUGCAGCGUAUGUUGACGUAAUUUAUCCGGCUAAGAUUCUAAGCCACAGCUAUCAGGACACAUUAAAAGAAAAUGAGACAUUUUCUGCCAAAUUAACAGUUGAAGGGAACCCUAAACCGGAAAUACGUCUCACACAGAAAAGUAACGGCGCCGUUGCGUUCCAUUCAAAUGAACUGGGCACAUUUAACGCGACGUUUAAAGUCAAAUGCAGUAGCAUGGAUACGUAUCUACUUACGUGUUCAAAUUUGUUGAACUAUGACGAAAUUUACCUAAAUUUAACAGUUUUAUGUAUUCCAAGACCUGACCCUGGACAAACUAUCAUUUACACACAAACGCCGAGAGUCGGGGAGUUUUUGAAGAUGGAAAUGUUUGCGACUGGUUAUCCGGCCCCGACAUUUGUGUGGACGCAUAGUGGGGCUCCAGUACAGCACGUGGAUGAUGGGUAUACGUCAACUGUUGACGUCCAAGGGGUCAAGGUUGAAGACUUUGGAAAUUAUUCACUUACAAUGAGUAAUUCUGCUGGAGAAAAUACUGUCGUGUAUUUCAUAGAAGCUGACGGACCACCUGACAGUGCUACAGAUCUGCAAGUAGGGGACAUUACUCUCAAUAGUGCUACCUUGUCAUGGCAACCAGGUUUUGACUAUGACAACAUACAAACUUUUACAGUGCAAAGUUCAGGACAAGAAAUUGACACGGUUACACUGAAGGAUCACAGUUUAAAUCGUGUAAAUUAUACAUUAAAUAAUCUGCAACAAAGCUCAACUUAUAGCAUGGACGUUAAAUCAAGUAACAGUAAAGGCAACGCCGCGGCUCCCUCUAAUACGGUUACAUUCACCACUGGUUCUCCAACUCCACCGCCAACAUCACCGCCAACGACAGAUCUGCCAACGACAGAUCCGCCAACGACACAUCCGCCAACGACACAUCCGCCAACACCACCGCCAACACCAGGUCCGUCACGUGCACCAAAAACCCGCGCAUCAAAACUUCUAGUCGCGUGUCUUCUGCUCCUGAUCACAUUUACAUAACUUUUUUCUCGAUAGAAUAAUCGGCAACCAUUUAUCAUUUGAAUGAAUGUAAAUGUUAUUGUAAUUUGAAAGAAUACCUGAAAUCUGAAACUGUUUCAAAAGGAAGUCACGAAACUUAUAAGAAAGCACUUCCGGUUUACGCCACAAAAAUGUAGUUCUUCGACAAAAGAGGUCAUAUAUAUUUGACGUAUUAGUAUUGUGUUUAGAUUAUAAGUCUAAACAUCAUAAAAAAACAUUGUGUAAAAACAAAAACAAAACAAAAUACAUGUUAUUAUAAAAAGAAUAUGAUAUUCAAACAUGGCACUAUCACUUCAGUUAAACGUUUAUUUUAAGCCAUUAAAGCUCUGUGACAUGUUGUACAUCAGAAUAGCUUUUUUUUCUUAGAAAAUUUGAAAACAAUGUAAUUUUGUUAAAACAAAAAGGAAUGCACAAAAUCAAGUCUAAAAUUUCCCCCAUUGCUAUACGGACAAAUGCAUAUCUACCACACGUACCUUAAUAGAGCAGAUAAUAAAUUGUUCAAGAUCACAAUGUUAUUAAACGUCAUAUAAAUGUUCAUACUGAAUCGUUUUUAACUUUAUCAUUUCUUUUCAAGUUAUAUUUCAUGAGAAUAUCAAAAUGAUAUCAAAAAGUAACAUUACAAACAAACUUUUGUUUGAAUUUACACUUAAAUAUGUUUCAUACGUUCGGAAGAUAAUAUUUAAUGAACCAUAAACCGAGAAGAUAAAAAAAUGGAAAAAAUGAUUUAUCGCUUACUUCUUCUACAUUGCUAUAACUUAAUACAAUAUAUUUACAGACUGGUACACAUGUUUCAGUUAGAAAAUGUCUGUAAUUUUGUCAUGAUAAUGUAUGUGAUAAUUAUUUCGCCAAAACAAUAUGUCUUUAUAGAAAGUGUCUGUUGUGUUAAAUAAUCAUAUUUGUAGGUUAUAUAAAGAAUACAUCUUUUAAGAUUUGCUGAAUUUAACAAGAUUUGAAAUGUAAGGAUAAAGUUUGUUGCUUUUCCA